AUGAGAAUAGGAGAUGAGAGUACUUCAGAAAAUGAUUUAGAUAUGUAUGGCAUUUCAAAAUCUUAUUCAUAAACUAAAUUACCAAAUUAAAGUAAUAAUUCUAAAGAAUAGACACAAAAAAAUGAGAUUGUAAUUGUUACAUAAAAUUUAGAUAAAUAAAAAAAUAUAAUCAAUGAGAGAUGAUUUAUAAGGUUCUAUCUCUUUGAAUGAUUUAAAUAUCUUAGGACUUUAAGAUUAUUAUUUGGGAUCAGGUGAUAAUCAUUUAGAAACAAAACCUAAAAUAAAUUAAGAAAAUCAUGAAAGUCCAGGAAUGGAUUUUCAAUAAAAUGAAUAAUUUAACACUACAUUAGAUCAAUUAGGUUCAAAAUUAAAUGAAGUGAUUGGUCAUUAUCUUAAUGAACUCACUAAUUAACCAAGAUUAUCUUUAGAUUCGUUUUCCUUGUAAAAUAGUGAAAAUUUAGAUGAAGAACAAUAAUAAUAGAUUUUAGAUUUUGAACUACAAGCAAUGAGAUAACGUAUAUAUAAAGUAAGAUAAUUUAUUAAUUUCUAAAGCAAAUUGUAGAUAAAAUUAAUCUUUCUGUUAUCCAAUCUGUGUAAUCUUUUGGCUCAUCUUGUUAAUUGAAUUCAUAAUCUAAUAUUAUAUCAACUGCCUUUUCUAAAGAAUUAAUCAAUAGUACAACUCAUUUAUCUUAAAUUUCAUAAAUAACCCCGCCAAAAACGUAAUCAUAUUCAAUCUUUGAUUUGUAAUAAUAACUACAUCAAAGUAUUCAUUGUGUCCAACCAAAAGUAAACAAAAAGAUUGAAGAUUAACCCAUUCAUAUAACUGAAAGUGAAACAUCUAAAGAGGAAUUAUAAAAUAAACUUAAAAUUUCUUUAUCUUUAAAUUAUUAAUAACAAUAGGUCAAUAAUUAACUUAAAGAAGAACUUUCAAAAUUGGAAGUAUUUAUUUAAAUAUUAUAUAUAUAAGAAAAAGAAUUAAAUUUCAGAUAAUAGUGAAGAUGGAGAUCAAAAUCCCUUAUUAAUAGAAAAUUAAAGAUUAAGAGAAGAAAAUGGAAAAUUGAUCGAAUUCAUUUAGAAUAGAAUAUGCGAUUAAUGUAAAACUAUUCCAAAGAAUUUUUGA